CAAAAAUGAGCACUGCCAACAAAUCGGUGGAGAAUAACGUUUAUCCAUCCUUCACUACUACACUCAUCAACAGGACUGGAACGACUCUUGGGGGUUGACCGGGUUGACCUUUGAGCCUUGAUCGGCAGAGUUCUUGUCCCAUCAUCCGUUUAUGACAGUCAUGUUGAGUUGCUGUCUUUGCGACAUGUUAUGCUACGGAAUCGCCCUGAUUCUCGGAUCAAGGUUGAUCAUCAGUCUCGGUUUGUACCUCUUCAAGUUGGCUAUGGGCAAACCCUUGGACGUGUCCAAACUGGGAGAAUGGGCCUUGGUCACCGGUUCCACUGAUGGGAUCGGCAAGGCCUAUGCUAUGGCCUUGGCCAAGAAGGGACUGAACAUUAUCCUUGUCAGCCGAACUCCGUUCAAGCUCCAGAAUGUGGCAGCCGAGAUCGAAUCCAAAUACAAGGUCAAAACCAAGAUCAUCGAUAUCGAUUUCACCGCCAAAGACCAGGACUACAUCCCCAGACUUCAAACUGAGAUCAAGGACUUAGAAAUCGGCAUCCUUGUCAACAACGUUGGCCUCAGCUACGACCACCCCGAGGAGUUCCUGAAGAUUGAGAACGGCGAGCAGAAAGUGCGCGAUCUGGUCAAUGUGAAUAUCACCUCGAUGAAUGCCAUGACCCGAUUGGUUUUGCCCCAAAUGAAGCAACGUCAGAAAGGAGCCGUGGUCAACCUAAGCAGUAUGUCCGCCCUGAUUCCAGCUCCGCUUUUGUCCGUGUAUGCCGGAGUCAAGGCCUAUGUGGAUACCUUCACCAAAGGCUUGGCCUUGGAAUAUGGCAAGUACGGCAUUACGAUCCAAUGUGUGUUGCCGGGCUACGUGGUGAGCAAUAUGAGUGGAUUGAAGAAGCCGUCGUUUAUUGCGCCUACGCCAGAUGUGUUUGUCAAAUCGGCUUUGGGUCGCUUGGGCGUGUUCUCGCGAACCACCGGCUAUAUCGUCCAUGAUUUGAUGGUCGGAGUCAUUUGGCUUCUGCCCGAUUUCGUGGCCGACUCCAUGAUUUUUGGCCAAAUCGACGCCGUGCGCAAACGCGCUUUGAGGAAGAAGGAGAAGAGUCAGUGAGAAGUGAGUCAGUCACUGGAGGCAUAGUCGUGAUGACAGUGGAAAGAAAUCAACUUUUAUCUUGAGUUUUGAACCCAUUUUGUUUUCUCCAAUAAAACGAGUCAAAUCAAUUUGAACAAUGCAA